GCUUUUUCUAAAGUAGAACCCAGAAGCAGACCAGGGGCCUGUUGCACAAAAGUAGAAUUAAGACAUCCGGGAUAAAUGACUCAGCUGAGCUCAAUGAAGCCAAAACAUGUGCGUCCAGGCUUAAUUGGUUGCACAAAGACCAAGCCAGGAUGAGCAGACACGGAUUCAUUAAGCCAGGUGAAACCAAUCCUGGAUAGGUGCGCGCUCACGGCUCACUCAAAUAGACCCCGCCACAGAUCACAGAUUAACUGAUUUACCAUGGCAACUAGAGCCGCGUACUUUUCCCUGUCGGAAGCACAAAUCCUCAUGGAGGCAUACGAGGAGGUAAAAGAUAUAAUUAAGAAGAAAGGCAACACCGCCACAGUGAUAAAGCAAAGAGAAAAAGCGUGGCAAAGUAUUGCAGACCGCCUGAAUGCAUUAAACAUGAACGGGCCAAAACGGACAUGGCAGCAGGUCAAAAUCAAAUACAAGAACAUUCUGCAGAAUGCAGUGAAAAAGAAUACCCACAGACAAGGCACGGGUGGUGGGUCACCAAAGGCUGACCUUACCCCAGCAGAGGACAUGGCCUUGGAGCUAAAUAAAGGCAGGCCCGUCUUAGAGGGGAUACCUGGGGGGAAAGAGACGAGCAUAGGUUCCUCCCAAGAUGCCACCCGCUUCAUUCAAGUGUCUGGCAGCACUGUGUUCCUGUUAGAGCCACCAGCACAAGCACCAGACGAUGCUGAUCCAGGUGAAGGCCCCAGUGCAGCAGCAACAGCACAUGAUGGAGACGAUGAUGAGGAGGAGACCAUCUCUCUGGAUUCCAGAAGGCAUGAGGACCCAGAUGCUAUACAGUGGGAAAACCAGCCUGGCAACAUAAGCUCACAAGCUAUCAGAAAGUUGUAUGGCAACCACCUCCGGCACCAAAUAGAACUGGCAGACAUAGACAUUCAGUACAAGAAGAAAAAGAUGGAAAAUCUUGCACUGGAGUCCGAAAUAAAAAAGAGGACAAUUAGGAAACUGGACCUUGAAAUAAAAAAACUUGAGAGGGAGCUCCAAGAAGAUGACACAGCUCAAAAUAAAAAUUAGCAAUCAGUACAACCAAGUCAUUGUUAUAAGGCAUCGCCCUCUUUUGCCCACCCCCCCAGCACCAGGUGUGGCCACUAGCCUAUAGGAAGGCCCAAAAUGGUGUGUUCCUUUCUGCUCUGACAAUGGCAUGCCCAUUCGUGCGAGAUGUGGUGGAUGAAGAAGCACUUGUGCUGAGGAGAGCCUUCGGGCGAGAAAGGGUCUUCAGGGACCGGUUGGACCCACUGGCCUUCCCUGAUGACCAUCUAUAUGAAAGAUACAGGUUUUCUGCAGAUGGCAUCAGGUAUCUAUGCAGACUACUGGGUCCCAGGAUUAAGCACCGCACUGCACGGAGCCAUGCACUGAGUGUGGAGCAAAUGGUUUGUGUGGCCUUGCGCUUUUUUGCUAGUGGAGCCUUCCUGUACUCAGUGGGGGAUGCAGAACAGCUGAACAAGGCCACAAUUUGCCGCACAAUAAGGAGUGUGUGUCUGGCUAUCAAAGCAUUAGCAGAUGUCUUCAUCUCCUUCCCUGGCCACAGAAGACUCUGUGACAUCAAAGAGGAGUUCUAUAGGAUUGC